CACCUUUCUGGGGAUCGGAGCUAUCUAGCUCAGUCAAGAUCGCUGCCGUGCUUGUACGUCGUCGAACUGCUGUCGUAACUAUGGUGGAAUAGAGCUGAACGGUGACGAGUUCUGCAACAUUUUUACAGCGGAAGGGUCCUGUGUAUACAACCUUUACCACAAUGAAUCGCAAAGCAGAUAGGCCAAAGCGUGGUAAGAAGCCUCAAGUAGACCAAGAACCUGAAGCAGAAUCAUCCUCCACACGGGCCAAAAGGAGCAGAGGCUUGGCAGAAGUUAAACUUCAACCAACUGAAGAAUCUAACCAAGAUAUUGCUGUCAGCCCAAGAAGAGGGCGAACCAAUGGAAAAGUGUCACCUAAGAGAAACUCACAAGACAAAUCCAGCUCAUCCAUACCAAGCACCAGCAGUACACCACCACCUAAAAAGGGAGGGAAGAAGGUCCAACAACAUAAGAUAGACAAGAAACGUGAUGCGAGUUCUGAUGAUGAAAGUACUCUGAGUAAUGUAUCAAUGCCAGAAGACAUAGACACUCCCAAUAGAAAGGCAGCCACUCUUGGGGAUGACUCUGAAAACAUCACUGGUAUUAAAAGGAAAGCUUCAUUUCCUGACACUGCCACCCCAUCCAAAAAAGUGGCUCUUGAUCUGAAGGAGUACAGAGGUCACCGUGUGCUAGCUAGGAGAGAUGAUGGCUAUUACCCUGGUAUCAUCAAGCAACAGCGUAAAAAUAAGGAGAUUGGGGUCAUGUUUGACAAUGAAAAGACUGUCAAGUAUUAUUCUUGCAUUGAAUCAGAUGACAACAUUGAUGUUGUCAGUGACAAGGUACCUUCUUAUACCAAAGUUGGUAUUGGAUCAAAGAUUUUGGUUCAGAAAAUACCUGGUCAAGGAGCCUUUGUUAUGGCUGUCGUCAAAGCCGUUAAAGUAGCAGCACAGCAGUAUGAAGUAUGUACCAUCACUGGAAAGGGACUUGAAGAGAAGAUUGUAACACCAUUAUGGAAGUUACGUCUGCUACGUUGGCCUUGGGGACCUGAUCCUCCCUGUGCAGUACCUCCCAUACGUCAACUCUCCUACAGUCCUCAUUCACAGUAUCAAGAAUCAGCUACAACACAGGAAAUCCACAGUGAGCUACUAGAGAGUUCAAAGCAAAAUGAGGAUUCUGAUGAUGAUCUUCAGCAAGAAGCUGUUCACUUUGACCACAAACCACACCCAUUGGUGUCUGCAACCAACACCCCAUCCUCUCUCUACUCCAGUGAAUCCGACUGUCCAAAGGUAUGCAGUCUUGCUGAUCGUAAACGUCAUAUGAGUGGUGCUAGCACAGCCUCUUUGGCAUCUAUUUCAUCAAGUUGCACCUACUCAGUUUCUCCAGUCAGUCCAUCACCCAAAUAUAAAAAAGGUGAUGUGGUUUGUAAUCCUAAUGGUGUGCGCAAGAAGUAUAAUGGGAAACAAUGGAGAAGGCUGUGCUCAAAGGAAGGUUGCAACAAGGAAUCCCAGCGCCGUGGCUACUGUUCCAGACAUCUAUCCACAUACAUGAAGAGUAAAGGGGUGUUAGGUGAUGGACAAACCAGUGAUAUUGAAUGGGACAGUGACUCCCGUAGUUCCAGUCUACGAACAGAUUCCAGACCACAGAUAGACCCUUCCAAAUUUGACAUGGACGAAGCAGAAGCUGCUAACAUCAUUCUUGGCUUAUCACAAGGAAACUCCAGGUCCUGUACUCCAUGCCAGUCAUCAGUGCCACAUUCUCCUCGCUCACAGUCCAAGACACCUUCACCAGCACAUUUCAAUUCACUCAGACCACAAACAUUCAUUCCAAUAUCCAAAUUGUCGGGUUCCUUACAAGGAACGCCCACACCUUGGAGUUCCGGCACACCGUUAUCUGGACGAUCAUCAAUAGACAUCACCUCACCAGGUUUGCCCAAAUACAGUACGAGUGCAACGCCUACUUUCCAAAACACUCAUAGUUUUGCUACCCCUGUCAGCCCCAACAAGUUGAAAAUGCGUAUGGAACAUGCAAGAAACCAGUCGCAUGAAGUCAACAUUGGAAGAAGUGACAGUAGCGACUCUGGAGUGGAGUGCAUGCACAGUACAAGAUCACCUACACCUGCUCAUCAUGCUUUGAAUGUCACUCCCUCCCCUAAUCAUAACACUGCAUCCCACCAUGUCAUAUCGCCACCUAACAUCAUGUCACCCCCGGCAGCAAGGCAACAGACUGCACAGGGUUAUCAACAACCAAGUACCACCUAUUUUCAGUUCCCGUCACCUUCUGAAAAUAAACUAAGGGCUGCACUGUUAGCUCCAAAGAAUCCUGGGGCUUGGCAGAACGUUCAAGAAACACAGACAAGCCCUGAAGGCAAACCAGCAACACAAGCCAGGAUGAUGCAGGAUAAGGUCCAUUCUCCAAGAACUAAUCUGACUGUGGAAUUUGAGAAGCUACAAGGCAGUGUUGCAACAUUAGCACAUGAGAGGUCCGAAUCCCAUCACUCAUUACCUCAGCCACAGCAGGUAACAAUUCCAGUAACUGUCAACGAUACACCUGGAAAGAGACAAACAGUGGUUCAAGCAGCAGGACAGGUUAAUAGCAAUGGUCCUCCAAACCAAUCUCCAUCUGAGCAACAGGCAACACAACAAUCAGUAUCUAUUCCACCAGUGAGACAUGCCAGCAAUCAGGACAGUAAUGGCACAGGAAAGGAGGGAGGGAGCGGUGGCAACCCUGGACAAAAUGUGUGGCCGUGCAUUGUACCACCGGGUCAUGUACCGGUAUUCUACUGGCAUUCACUGGUUCCAAUCUUCAAUAUCAGUCAGCCACCUGCAUCCAUACCAAAUAGUAAUGUUGCAUUGGCUACAAACCAUCCCACUCCUGCUGACCAGAAACAAGGAUCCAUUGUGAUUGCAACUAAGGCAGGACCAAGUGGUCUCCAUUCUCAGCAACCGAAGAACAAUAAACCCCAACCAAUUCAACUUAGUAAAGACAUUGUAUGUAGCCCAGCAAUGCCACCAUUCAGCCCAUCGGCUAUGAGUCCCCCAUCUAACAAGCGUCGCUCCCAGUCAUUGAGCUCCUUGCCAAAAGAUGCACAUGAGAAGGAACCACGAAGUCCCAGAAAGAUCCGAGACAAGGAUCAUGUACGUCGACCGAUGAAUGCCUUCAUGAUAUUUAGCAAGCGCCAUCGAGCUCUUGUCCAUCAGCGUCAUCCCAAUCAAGACAACCGUACUGUCAGCAAAAUCCUGGGAGAAUGGUGGUAUGCACUGGGACCUAAAGAGAAACAGAAGUAUCAUGAUCUAGCUUUCCAGGUCAAGGAGGCUCAUUUCAAGGCUCAUCCUGACUGGAAAUGGUGCAACAAAGAGAGAAAGAAGUCAGCGAGUGUGGUGCCUCCUGAGUUGUCUGAUAAGACUGAAUCAAGGCAACGCCAUGCAUCAGAAGGAGAAGCUAGCUGCAGUCAUACGGAUUUUGAGACGGCCCAGUUGACAGGAAUGCCAGUAUUUGCUUCAGUGAAUGUAGAAGGAGAAGAAAGUACAAACCUUGAGAAGCUUCCCGAAGGACAUCAAGAGUCAACUAAACCAUCUCAGAUUCCUUUUCUCUGCAUGCCUCCUAAGAAGAGAUCCCUGAGUGCAUCCAAUGUUCCACUCAUUGGUCAGGAACAAAAGGAGACACAUGUGGCAACUGAACAUCAACCUAAAAGAAGUAAAUUGCCAGUGACCAGCUUGUCAGGAUUGAAGCAGCAGUUUCCUGAAAAAUCCUUGACGCUACUUGGUCAGUCAUCAACACGUCCAAGGUUGGAAUCAGAAGAGACCCUUAGUGAUGAAGAACAAAUGGUGAUUGAUGAAGAGGGAGAUGAUGAUGUCAUUGCUGACGAUGAAGUGUGCAAUGUCCAAGAGGCUAAGCAUAUUGAUCUAGAAUGCAAGGAGCGAGUGGCAGACAGUGAUUCUGAAACUGAAUCUGAAGAUGAAACCAUGAUAGAGAAUAAAGCCUUCCCUCAGCAACGCUUUUCUCCUGUAAUGAAACGCCUGUCUUCAUCCGAUAUAACCUACCGACCAAAGCCAAUCAAAGCCAAGCCUGAUUCCCAUUCACCAAUCAGGAGUGAUCUUGGAUGUGACCAGCCUGAUGGUGGUUCUACCCACGAUGCUUCUCAUUCACUUGCUCGUCCUGCGUCUGUUGGUAAUAGCUUUCAACCAACAGGGGCUGUCUUUAAGGCUCACUCUCCACGAAGUCGCAUAGACCCCCUGUCAGAUUGUAAAGCUAAAGCUUUCUAUGAGUAUCAACCAGCAAAUAAAGAAACUCAAGAUAACACAAACAAACGUGGACACUUUUCACAAAUUGAGUUUGGACCAGCUUCCUCAAAUUCAGGUCAAGGGUCUGUUCGUCGUGAUGAGCAGAGUUUUUCUAAGACAGGAGAUGAUCGGUCAUCAGAGACAACGCACUCAGCUUCUGGGAUCAACUCUGGAAUGCCACUCCAACAGGCUCACUUUUCUUCAACUGCUUCAACAGAUCACAAAAACCUACUUCCAAGAAUGUCUAUAGAAAGCACUGUGAGGAGCUUGUCACAUGCUACAGGCCGGGAGAUGGACAACCAGAUAACAGCUAGCCCAGUCAUUGGAAGCUUGUCCAAAAGUCAUUCAGUCAUAGUCAGUAAGUCUAGACCUACUGCCGUGCAAGUCACCCAGUCGCACCAAGGCUCGGUCAUUGUCAGUCCACAGUACAUACAAGAAAUGAGUGCGAUACCUAUCAACAGUCUGAAACCAGAGUCAGAGAAAUCACCAGAGAUGACAACUACCCAGCCAUUACCUCAGUCAGGAAGUGUCAUGAACAGGGCUGGAUGUAACCCAAUGUCAGUCUUAUCUACUGGUGGGGGACAGAUGAAUGCUGCUAAGUUGCUGCAAACAAUCUCACAAGUCAAAAAAGGCAAUGGUGUUCUUGUUGCUGCCUGUCAACCGCAAUCCCAGAGCCCAGCAGCUGUACUAGCCAAUUUAAAUAUGAAGCCCUUGAACUCACUGAUCUGCCAAUCUUUUUCAACAUCUCAGUCAUUUGCAUCUAACCAGACGGUCACUACUCCUGUUCCAAUUACUGCAGGGACGUUAACAGCCAAUGCAGGGGUAGCUCAUCUGCAGUACAUACUGCCUUCUAUUCCAACACAAGUCCCUUCAGGAGCGGCUAAGGUAGUGCAGUCAGGAUUCCAGUUAGCAAGUCCUAUUCAGCUUGCUCCACCAAUCAGCAGUCAGCUUACCAUCAAAGCCACUCCCACAAAUCAGCUAGCAGUGGUAGCCAAUCCUAAGCCCAGCGCAACCCCUCAGUCACCCAGUCCAAUGGUUGGACCUGCUAAUGUCUUAACUGCACAGAUGUUGACGGCUAACGGAGCUCAGAUGAUUCCAUUGGUGGCAACUCAAGCAUCCCUAACACCGCAACUUGUUGCCAUAUCACAAUCCAAUUCAUCAAGUCCAAUGAAUCAGACACAACACAUGAUGCUUCAGUCUGUACCUGUCAAUGCCCUUCCCAACUCCCCUCUAGCUAGCCAUGUCAACCAAGCACAGUGUGUGUCAGUCAGGUCAUUCAAUAUCAACCCAACAGCAGUAGUUUCUCAGCCGGUAACCAUAAUGACACAGCCAUAUAGUCCAGUAGUGACUGUUGCAGCCGGUAUCCCUGUGGCUUCUGUGACUGGUACCCCAUCUCCUCUGAUGCAGAGAGGCCAGGCUCACACCAAAUUCUUGCUGCCUUCAAAUCAGCGGUUGACUAUCCUGCAGCAGCCUACCAACAACACGUCACCAGUAACCCCAGCAUCACCCAGUCCAUAUGUGGUCUCAACUAACCAAGUAGCCACAAUAAAAGGUGCAAGUAGAGUCAUGACUCAACCAGUCAUUGCACAGGCUCAUCAUGUGGCUACUAGUACCCUGUCUCCCCUACCUUGCCAAGCUGGCAGUCGUUCAGUAGUCACCAGCCUGACAUCUGGCCAUCCUGCUAUGAUGACGCUACCUGCAAUGACGUAUACUCCUAUCAUGCCAGCUCAGCCUGUGCCAUCUAUUCCUGCAGCUCAGCCUAGUUCUGUAGCUUCCAUACCAGUUGGUCCUAUGCAAGCACCGAUAACUGGCAGUAGUGUUAUUGUCAGUCUUACACCCGUUCCUUCAGUUGGCAAUGCAAACCUAACUCAGGUUGCACAGACAAGGACUGUAUUUUCAACAGGUACAGCAGCCAGUCUGCCGAUAGUAUCAGUUACUUGCCCAACCCAAGCCAAACCCAGGAUGGAAGUAUCACAAAUGGCUCCUAGCCCAAUGGCUGCUCUACCCUCAACCCCUGCCAAACGUGUCAAAGCCACAAUUGCCACUAUUCCUGUAGCCACCUCCAGUAUUGUUGCUACUGCAGUCAGGAUGGGCACUAAGUUGCCUAUUGGCAAACAUGGCAAGGACACUAGAGGCUUAACAACAACAUCUCAGAGUUAUCGUAUGAUGCCUAAGCUAGCUCCAAUUCAGUCAUGUACUGCUGAUGAAUCCACAUGGCAGGCUCCUUCAACAAGCCUCCCUAGCAUGCCCAAGACUGUGAAGAACUUAGCUGACACAGGGUCAAGGCUACCAUUGAAACGCACUGAUGUGACUGAGCUAGGGGAUGCAUCUGCUGACUUGCCAUUAAGCACAGCAGCUACAGUCAGUCAGGAAGUCAAAUCAAGCAGAGAAGAUGAACCAGAUGGAGGAGUGCAUAGACAAGCAACCACAGACACUCUUACUAGAAAGACAGUAAACACUGUCGCAGACACCAAGAUAACAAGUCCAAGUGAAAACAAGCAUGAGAGUCCUUCUACUUCGCAGACACAUCACCAAUCUGUACAUGCAAAUACUGUAAUCAAUCGUACCAUCAAGGAUGAACUACCAAAAGUUGAAGCUUGUACUUCAUCAGUAACUGAUGCUGAACUGUCAAUCCUUGCUGAAGAACACUCAACAGAAACGACAGACUUGUCCAUAUCAGAGGCAGACAUUAAACCACAGAGAGCAUGCAAAGGCAAGAAAUAUAAGAAGAUAAUCCAAGAAUGUGGGGUGAAAACACACAAAAAGAAGAUGCCUAAGGCUGGAAGUACAUCUACUUGCACACCAAGGCAACAUGAAGAAAGAUUGGUAGCUAAGGAGAAUUCUGACGAUGAUGGUAUUGUGGAGACUUCAUCGGUAACCACGGGUGACGAUGGGCUGAGCAAGGGCAAGGAUACCAGUGAAUGCAGAGAGGAAGAGAAGACGUGCAUGGAUUCUACAUCAACCAAUCUAGAGACAGUGCAUACAACAGACGCACUACCAACCCAAUCAAUUUCAUCUAUGAAAUCAACAUCACCACUCCAAGAAACUCUUAGCAAGGGGUUACAACCAUCAACCAGCACAGAAUGUGAGCCAGAGAAGGAAGCAGACACCAUGCAAUGUGAAGCUGGAGCGCCCAGUUCACCAAGUAAAGACCCCAAGACAAUACUCAAGAGAAAUAUUGAUGAUGGAAUGGAGAGAGUCCUAGAGGAAGUGAACUUUGAGGCGCAAUUCAAGGAGUUACCUGAAUAUCACCCAGAGGACCAUGCCCAAGAUAUCAGCGCUAUUCCCCUCACUCCACAUGCUAUUGUUAGUAGCUACAGAAGGAAGAGAACUAACUCUCAGGGUAAAGGAGAGGAUUCUGGUACUGAUAAUGAUCCCGUCUCGCCAAGACUCAAAUCACCAACACGUCGACCAUCCAGUGGCUCCGAACCGAACACUCCUGGCAAACGAGUGACCUUAGAAGAUACAGUCUUCAAGUUUGGUGAUAAGAUCGUGCCUGGAGAGGAAUUGCCUACUCCCAACAGGACACCAGGUCCAGAUGAAUCUGAGGAAUUUGAUUUUGAACCAGAGAAGAACUCCUCCACUCUGAGAAAGAUCUUAGACAAUCGUCGCAUCUUGGUCAUGCAGCUUUUCAAAACAGAAGGCUACUUCCCCUCUGCUGCCGCUACUUCAGCCUUCCAGACGCAACACCAAGAUAUCUUCCCUACUAAGUCCAUCCUACAGCUGAAAAUCAGAGAGGUUCGACAGAAGAUUAUGCAGCACUCUAGAGAUGAUGAGAUAGAGGAAGGUAAUAUAUCACCUGGAGGUCCACAAUCAGCCAAGUUACUUAAUACUUGCACAAGCCGUGUACAAUCCAACAAUAAAGCAUCCAGCAAGACGAUCAUUCCAUCAGCUAAGAGCAAAUUGACACUGACAUCUAUGGUCAGUACAGAUACAACCAUGACAGCCAAACUAACGCUGACUCCCCCACCACCAGCUUCCCCUCGUGAUUUAGACCACUGUGUUCUAACACAGUGGUCUAAUUCACCUAAAGGCACGUACACUAAGUUUCAUUAUACUCCUCCUGCUAAGUCCCCAUUAGCCAGAAGCAAUCCUAGUGUUAGUUCUCCUGGAAUGCAGGCAGUGUCCAGUCAUGGCAAUAUAGGUAGCCCACAACGAGCAUACUUCAUCUAUCCUUCUACUCCUAUGUCUCCGUUAGCUCAAUCUCCAACACAGUUGACUGCUGGUAAUAAAACCACAGGUACCAGUCAUGUGGUUAGUCAGCUAGGUCCUGUGGAGAGUUCAAUAGCCAGUAAUGAUGACGUGAGUGUUACCAGUUCUACUGCUGUUACUGUCUCUAGCUGUAGUAGCCCUGAAACCUCUUCAUGAAUAUCAAGCAAUGUGUGUGUUGAUUGAGGAUUGUGUGAAUUAUUAGCAAUAUAAGUAUCAGUAGAACUGUCAAGUUAAAAUUCCUGAUAUUUUUUGUCUGGUCUAAAGGUAUGAUACAGCCUUGUGUGUCAUUAUCAUUUUUAGUUUUUAUAGAUUUAAUGUCCGUUGUCCUCAACAAAUUCAUUAUUUUCCUACUAAAAAACUUGACGUUUGAGUGUUUUAUUUGCAUGAAAAAAACUGCUUUCUUUUAUUUUUGGCAUUUCCCAACUCUGAAAAGGGGUUAUAUUGUGGAUUGCAUUUAUCACAAACAUACACAAUUUGUGGUUGAUGUCUUACUAAAAAGUGAAUAACUUUUUUAUUGCUUGAAAAAAAAAUCAAUAAAAAUAGUCAUUAAAAAAAACAACAACUAAUUUUUAGGGUGCAACUCGAAAACUGGAUCUUGAAAGCAAGUGAUGUAAAUGUACAUGCUAACACUGAUGAAUUGAUCUGUAAUAUAAGCAGUUUGAUUAAAUACCUAGCAAAGAGAUACACGUGCUGAUUUGGAUUUCAUACUGUCUCCUGCACUACAUGUAUGGCAUGUGUACAGUCCUGUUGGUAUAUUGUCAAAGUGACAUACAGUGUAAUAAAAGGUGAGGGUCAUACCACCAAUGUCUAGAUCAGAAUUGCAUGGCAGACAACACAAUGUAUCACCUCAUAUCAUUGAUGUGCAAACUGUCUAUGUGAGAGCCUCUGGGUUGUAACAGGUCAAAGACAUGCAUACUGCAGCAAAUGACACAUGUAUUGAUGUCAUAUUUUGAGUGCACCAAAUGUGUACAUGUCUAUGAUCACUCACUGCGCUGCCACUGAAUAUUCUGUCUGUAUGACUCUCCUGUUAUAAUCAUUGCUGCGAAUAACCACACUGUGAAAAGAUGGCAUUGAAUGGAACUACAUGUAGCAGACAAUCAGGAUAUAAGAUGACUAGCCCUGUAGUGAAUAUUUGGGCAUACGCUGGCAAAUAUGCACUGUUUGAGACUUGUCUUGAAGCCUCCCUUGUGGUACCUUUGCUUUGUGUACAUUUUCACAGGGUUAUCAUGCUACCUUGGUCACAUGACCACUGUACUGCUAUGUGGAUUAUUGAAGGGAUUAUCCACAUGUAUGUAUCAUAGAAACAUAGCUUCAUUUUUUUUCACGUUUUCCCUAAAAUACAAAUACAUGUACGAUCAAAGUGUGAGAAUAUUAUUUACAUGUAAUAGAACAAAUAAUACAAUCUUACAUUUCUAUAAACGCAGUUUUGAUAGAUAAGUGCUUUUUGAAAUGAGGUUUUGUUUUUCAUGCAUCAAUGAAGAGUAAAACUGUUAUCUGAGUUAUCUGUUGCUUUUCACAUAAUAGAAUCCUGGUAAUAACUUGUUAAUUCCAAUGCUUUGCUGUCAAUGUAUAUUUGAUAUAGCCACUGCUUGUUGCUCAGCAUAUUCUUGACUUCACUAAUAUCAAGAUCAAUAGAUGCGCGUUUGUGUUGUACCACUACAACUAGAUGUUCCAAGCGGCCCCUAAACUUGUAAAAGUUGUAUACAAUUUAUACAGGUGUUUUUAUCAUAAAACAUUAGGAAACGUUGGGUACUUGGGGCAGCACUAGGCCAUUUCCGUUACCUAGAUAUUAAACUAAGAAUACAAAUUAAAAGUGCCACAUUAACAGUAACUUAUUCCUUACUGUGUAUGAAACAUGUUGACUUGUUUGACAAUGGUAUGUGAUUGACAUGACUGACGUUAGAAUGUCAUCUCACAAUGCUGUGUGUCAGGCACUUUGUCAAUGACUAUUAAUGAUGAACAUUGCACAUGUGACCCACCGCCCUGAAGGUUGGCACACGUAGGUAACUUUCACUCUUUUCAGAUUUUUGUAAUAAUAUUUGAAACUGAGUUGUGAUUGCUGCAUGAUGUUAAAGUUGAGGACAAUCACAGAAGUGAUAUAUGUGAAAAUCUCAUGUUAUUCAGUAUUGGCAAAAAAAUGCUUAUAGGUUGAACAUAUUUACAGUUAUACUGCUAAAAUCGUAAUAGCUAAAUGUUUCUUUUUAUGGUUACUGUGAACUAUUGUGAUCUGUCCAGAUCAACUCUUAUAAUUGUUUGUUUUCUAGAUACUACACUAUUGCAAGUUAUUGAAAUUUACCAAUUUAUAUUUUAAAAAGCUCUAUUUAUCAUAAUAUAUAGCAGUGCUAUAAAACACACUGAACAACUCUAUGUAGCAUUCUGUUCAUUGUGGGAGACAAGGAAUUGAUCUAUUUCCAUUGUUUAUCAUAUAAAGGACAUGUUCAAAAAGCAGCCUGUACGUACAUGCGCGAGUUAGGCAGUUAUUUAGCCAAGUCAAAGCACUUGACAUGUCAGUAAAUUAUAGUCAAAGCCUCCACCUUGGAUCAGAUUUCGUAAGGGUUUUAUGGCUUUUGGGAGCUGUUACACUGUGAUUUCCAAUAUUUACAUGACAAAAGACUUAACAUACUAUUAUGCUGUUUUUACUUAAAAGAGACUUGCACAAUAGAGCCAGUUUGAUCCAGGGUGAUUAGUUGAGAAGAGGUUGAUCCAAGAUGGUUAUUAAACCUGUUUGCCAACAUGAAAUACAUGUAAGUCGUCGUGUGCCCAGCAGAAGGGCAUAUGUGCAUAUGCCCUUCUGCCGGGCACCCGAUGAAGUGUACAAGUUUCUAGUUCCAGGAUGGUCAAACAUGAACAUGAAUCAAGUCAGUCCUGGUUCCUUGUUGCACAUGUUCAUGUCUGUGACUAGACUACUUCAGCUAUAGUUGACUAGUGCAGCAUGUGUUUGAGUGUAGUUCCUCGACUAUGGUCAACCAUAGCUGACCAUAGUCCCAGGUAAGCCUUUCUUUAAUGAACUUUUCACGUACUUCAUGUGGAAUGUGGAAUGUACAUGCAUUAUACAAAUACAGUAGCUUGAAGACCUGUAUAACUAAUCAGAUACUUGUGUUUAUUUAUUUGGCCUAGUUACAUGUAAUUAAAGCACUUACAUUAUACAGCAUUGAUUAAUCUAUUGAUGGUGUUACCUAAUUACAUUACAAUUUGCUUCUAGAUCUUAGACUUGUUCAACAAGAGUAGUGUAUACAACUUGAAAGGACAUGCCAAUGUAAUGUACAUGUAUAUGUAAAUCCCAAGACAGCAACAAAUCAUUAUGCGAUGCCGCUUGGGGAAAACCUUGACACGCUGAAGGUUUUUGAUAUACCAAAAAAAAUGUUUCUAAUGAUUGUUUUCUACAAAUUUAACAUUCACCAUGUGAAGAGUUUUACAGAUGACAUCUCGUAUCCUGAUAAGCAACAGUUUCCAUGUCACUUGCAAAUGGUCUUGUAUUAUGGUGCUGCUAUCGUUAAUAUCAACAUUACAUUGUCUUGCUUAAUACAAUAACUGAAGCCAUACUUCUUCCAUGUCAGGUAUGUUUCACCUCUUUGAAACAUUAUUCUUAAAAGGAUACAGCUGUGUCCAGCAGUAUGCCAUACAAACGUGUUUGAUUAUAUAUUACCUGUGUUCACCUGUUACAUGUACAAUGUAUACACAUUUUGAAUGUUUCUCUAGGCAAACAACACACAUGUGCAUGUACAUGUACAUUUGCUAUGUGCAUUUGGCUUUACUUACAUGUAUGAAACACUUUCAUGAAGUGCAUUUGUUCUACUCUGACAUCACAUUUAGAGCUCAUUUUUCCAUUUUACGAAAUAAGCCAGUUUGGUAUCUCAAUGAAGUAGUCCAUGUCAAAGGUCACUCGGGUUAAAAUCGCUGACGUGAUGAUACAUGAUGAUAUACGUGAUGUUACGCGGAUGCCCAUUCUGUUUGUUAACUACACGCGAGCGUCAUGUGCCCGGGUCCCUGCGCGUUCAUGCGCCUUCGAUGAGCAUUGGAUUAUCCCGAAUGACCUGUGACCCAUAUUGUGCGAAUGCGCAGUUGAAAUACCCAACUGGCUUAUAACAGUAUGUUCUGAGCACAUGCACAUGGCUGCACAGUGCACACAAAUGAAAUACAAAUGGCUGCAUUCAGAUGUUUUCAAAACUGUUCUACACAAGGGAAUGAAGAGUCUGUGCUGUGUAGUCAUUUCAUAAAACUCAUGGAGUCAUUCACAAGUAUACACAGCCUUCGUGUAUUUCACAGUAAACUAGUGCGUCAAGCUCAUUAUAACCUCCCCCCCCCCCCAAAAAAAAUAUUCCGACUGUAUUGUGAUCUUUCCACUGAUUGUAAAUGUUACAAUUGUUUAAUAAAGUUUUAAAGUGAUGUGUAUAAAUGUAAUGUAUCAUUGUAUAAUAAACAAUGUAUAGAUAUAUGGCAGACAAUAUAAUAAUGAUGUAAUCUGUAAAUACUUAACCGUUUCUCAGCGCCAAAGGUGACAAUACGAUACCAACUAUCAACAAAAAAGGCGGAAAACCAAACUGUGAGUGCUAAAUUUCAUUUUCAUUUCACAGUUUUUUCAAGUUAGUUUAUGAUUAUGUCACUUUUGUCAGCAUUGUAUAAUAAUAUUGGCAAUUAUGUAAGAUGUCCAAAACUAUACACAAUCACUAUUAUUGUGUAAAUAAAGAGGAACAACAAGAGUUGAAUAAUUGUGUGACCGCCAUUUUUUGACGGUCGUUGACAUGACAAUAGUUUAACACGAGUCGUUCGCACUUUAACUUCAGUGCGAAUGCGCUAGGUACGUCAUGAACCAACCACUAGUUCAACCACUUGCCCCUGGGUGCAUGAGGACUAUAGGCGGCCCUCUGAGAGAGCAAGUUCACCAAUACUCUCCCUGAGGAAAUCACUGAUAUGCUAGACCACAAGUAAUUAUCUGCAAUUGUCAAACCAUCUGUACAAUAUACAUUGUACUGCUUGCUUUUGUCAUGAUUGGCCUGUGAUUGAUGAGUAUGUUUAGCUAUAGUAUGAACAUAUAUCAGGCAAAGUCCAACAACCUGUCAAGUAUUUCUUGUAUUUCUCAUUAAAAUGUAACUAUACACAGCUUAAGUGUAUCUAAGGGGUAUACUCAAUAAAAACUGAGAUAUAAGAUAGUUGAAGAGACAUGAA